AGACUAUUCCCUUAGUGAGCAGGUGGCAGUUGAGUUGUGCUAAUAUCACAUUAGCUUCAUAAUUUGGGUUAUCUCUAGCCAUUCUCAGUUAAUGUAAUCAACGCAUGCGUGCUAAUAUAUAUAAUGACCGGUUAACGCAUAAAUGCCAUUUAGCUACUUUAACUGGUCUGAUAAGAAUUGUACGGAUUUUGUAAACUAAAUUAUUUAAUAAUAAACUUUCAAUGGUGGGCUGCACACGUUUUAUGUACGUAUUAAUAAUGAAGUAAUCAAAUACAUUUGAUUGAAAAUUCACAGGGACGUUAAAAUUAUGUUGAUAAUUAAAACGUGAUGAAACAGACAAUCGGACUUUGAAAAACCGAUCAAACCGGAACAUUUCUUCACUUGCAAAUAAAUCACGGCUGGUUAAGAAUGAAGUAUGGGCUAAUGAUUAAUAUACUUUUGGGAAUUUUUAUUUUUAAUUUAUUUUUGGAAUUGAAAACCAUUCAUGGAAAAUUUCUCGGUGGUACGAUCUCUUGGAUGGUACUUCAGAACAAGCAUACUAUAUUAGGGUCACGUAUGAAGCUUCGUCUGACAUACCGCCUGGCAUGGGAAAAAGGGACAGGUCCUUGUGGCCCCGGAUGUAACAUCUCUAACGUAGGAAAGGAAGUAUCAUACUUCAGUACGGAGAUUGCGUCACUAAAAUGGGUGGACGGAAAUGGAACCAUUCUACAUGACGUAAGCUACGUUUUGACGUCAGUCAGUCGAUCAGAUAUGAAUGGUUGGGAACAAGGGGAGGCAAUUUUUAAAGCUGGACUUCCAUCCACUCCUAUGUUUGUACGGUUGAAACACAUUCCAUGGAUUUUGUCGUCAAGCUCAUUAGCCAAUGACAAUGGUAUGCUGGAGAUGGUAAUAAUAACUGACUUAAGAAGUGACAAGGGCACAAGUAACCAGAGUCCGUAUUCUUCUCUGCCGUCCUUUCUUGGAAUCGCGCACAACUGCACGAGCGUGAUCGAAAUCCCUGCCGAGGACCCGGAUGGAGACAAGGUGAGGUGUCGGUGGGCGGAGCAGAGCGAGUGCGGGGGAGGAUGCACAAACCUGCCAAUCAACUCCGUCUGGCUUGAUUCGGGCACAUGCAAAGUGACCGUUAAUACAGAACGAUAUGAUGUAAAUGGCACUUACCGACUCGCAGUAAUGCUUGAGGAUUACGUACCAUACAAGGUGAACGUCGGGUCUAAACAGCAUAGCGCGGGAACUGCGUUUAGCAAAACGCCUUGGCAGAUGACCCUACGAGUAAUACGAGUUGCCUGUGACAAUACACUAAGGCCGGAGUUUGUAUUCCCAACGGUGAAAGAUAAUGCUCGAGCCGUCUAUUCAAUAGACAUGUAUAGAGCCAGAACAGCUGUGCAUAUUUCGUACUAUCUGACAAAACUUAAGAUCAAUGGAAGCUUGGAUUUUAUGAUCAGUGGUCCGAGUUUAAUGAAAUAUGUCUAUGAAAGCGACGACUUGAAUAGAACAGAUGUUAUGAAGUUAAGUGUAGACUGGACACCAAAACCUCCUGACCAGAAAGCAGACUUUCAGUUUUGUGUGUGGGGCGUCGAUUCUAUUGGAUUAACGUCAAAACCAAAGUGUGUUCUAGACAUAGUAUUUGAUACCGAUAAUUGUAAUCAAGUGAAAUGUGAAAAUAAUGGAACUUGUCGGAAUAUAUUUGACAAUCCACUAGAAAGUUGUGUGUGUGACACUGGAUAUGUAGGCAAAAACUGCACUCAAGCAAUACAGUGCCAAGAUGCUCCGUGUUUGAACAAUGGAACUUGCUUUCCAUCGAAUGGAUCCUUCAUUUGCGCAUGUGACAGAGAGUACACAGGCGUUCACUGUGAGAAUCGUAUCACUGCCUGCACCUCCGCACCGUGCCAGAAUGGGGGCACGUGCCUGGAUCAACCAGGAUCAUUUCAGUGUAUCUGUCCAGUAAAUUUUACCGGUCAUCUUUGUGAAAUAAGCUUUACGACAACGACAAAGUCUACAAUAGUGUCUUCAACAAAUUUAUCCAACAUUACACAAACAACGACAUCGUCUACAUGCAUGUCAACACUUACAUCCUCACAGACAAUUACUUCGUCUGUAAGCAAACCAAUCACUACAUCACAAACAGUGACAUUAGCUUCAAGCAGGCCAGCAAGUACAUCGCAAACAACGGUAACGACAAUAAGCAAACCAGCAGCAACGAUAUCAGUAACAACAACUUCGUCGUCAACCAAUAAAACAAACCUGCCAACCAAACCUCUGACAACUUCCUCCGCACUUUUCAUGGCAUCUUUGACCAGUAUAUCUGCAACUGCCACAACACCUGCUUUAACAUUGAAGCCAUCAUCAACCAUCUUACCUGAGGAUUCUUCUGAUCAGCAUACUCCGCUUUUCUGGGGAAUAAUAGCCGUGCUGUGUGCCUUGGCGGUUGUGGCUCUGAUUGUUGCAAUCGUCAUUGUGAAGAAGAUCGUGCAAGUGAAGCCUCAAGACAUCUCUGCAUCCGCAUCCACUCCAGUGACGCAUGUUUCAAAUGUUGGACUCAACUUUUAAACAAAAAGCUUAUUAUUAAAUAGUUGUUUAUGAAUGUCAUUUGGCACUAUACUGUCGGUGUUGUGCUGCAUAAAAUGCUCUAAUAAAGAGUUGCUUGGUAGUAAAUCGUCAAUAAAUAUUCUAAUGUUGAACUGUGUGAGUUUAUAUAAAAUAUUUCAUAAGAAUGUAUAUAGAAUUGUCUGUGUUAAGAUUUUAUUGCGAUAGCACAUCUAGUUGACAUAUUCUUUAUCUGAUCAUCUGAUAAUGUUUAUUCCUAAAUAUCAUCUUGGAUUAUAUGAGGUACAUUUAUUGAAAACAUUCGUCUCUCGAUUUUCAUAGAGCACGAACGGAAAAGUGCGACUUUAACUACAUAAUUACUUAACUGACAUGCUGCAAUUAGGUUUUUUCCAAUUUUCAAAAACAAGCAAACUGACUAGAUAUCCAUUUAGAUAUAUGAUUCAAGUCAUCCCUUUAGUUAUAAUCAAACUGGGAUUGCUCUGAACAUGAUCUGUAUUCAACAACUAUUUUAACAAUUGCAAAUACAGAAUAGAACCAAGAACAGAAUGUGCGGUUGACCUGGUACUAUUUUCCUUGUACUAAAAACCUUCGUGAUUAAUUUCUUCUAGUGGUGUUUGUUAAUAACAAAGUUGCAAUCAUAUGAUGCCAAUAAAAUGAGCCAUGUUUUGUUUA